UAUACACUUACCUGAAUAAUGUCUAAUUUAGCGGACGAGGUAAUGAUUUCACCCAAGAAGAGAGCAAGGCAUGAUAACGAAGAGAAGAAUCAAGACAGGCUGAGUGACUUACCUGACUGUCUUAUCCUUCACAUUUUGUCAUUUCUUAACUCCAAACACACCGUUCAAACUUGCAUCUUGUCCAAAAGAUGGAAGCUUAUGUGGAAACGUAUUCCUACUCUUAUAUUGGAUUCCUCAAACUUUCCCACUGUGAAGCAUUUUUCCAUAUUUGUGUCUAAGAUUUUGACUCUUCGUGAUACCUCAACUGCACUGCAUGCUCUUGAUCUUCACCGUCAUGGUAGUAUUGAGCCGCAACUCCUUAAAAAGGUUCUAGACUGUGUUUAUUCCCAUAAUACCCACCUCCAACAAUUAGGAAUCUCUCUACAUGGUGAAACAUGUCUCAUUUUGCGCGGCAUUUCUUCAUGUUGUGCUCUUACUUCUCUCAAGCUUUCACUUUACUCUAGAGGUAGUUAUAAUUUUGAUACAACAUUGUUUCCAAAAUCUUUGAAUUUGCCGGCAUUGACCAGCUUGGAUCUCACAAAUUUUGCCUUUUGCGGUGAUGAAAAUGGUCGUGCUGAACCCUUUUUGACCUUUACCAGGUUGAAUAGUUUGGUCAUUAGCAGUUGUACGGUAAAAGAUGCACAAAUCCUCAGGAUAUCAAGUGAGACACUUGUCAAUUUAGCUAUGCAUAAUAUUUCAUCUUCCUUUACCAAAAUCGAGUUAUCUGCUCCAAGCCUUUGUGCAUUUACUAUCAACGGCAGUCUUGAUCAGAAAAUAUGUGGGAGCGGUCUCUUCUGUUAAACAUGUAAAUAUUGAUGCUCAACAAUAUUUUGCUUU